CCCAACUCCUGCUGCACCAACCCUCCUGAAUGCGUGCGUAAAAGCCGAGUUUACCGAAACCGGUUGGCUGGGCUGUACGCACACAAGCGCACGCACACAUUCACUCGGAUCAGCUGGAUCGUGGAUUAAUGCAUCAGACUGAUAGCGAAGACGAACAGCAAACUAUGAGCUCCAGAUGUCAAUGUAUUGGAAGAAGACACCCACCCACCCACGACGGUAUGACUCACAGUUUAAAAUAGUUGAAUAAGCGAGCGCCGGUGCGGACGGGGAGAUUCUGCGUGGGGUAUUUGACUUCUUUCUGGUACUUAAAGCUCCUCCAAGUGUGGUUUUAUGGGGAAGAGAGGCGUUCAGCUCGAGCCGCCAUACAGACUGACAGUUGCUGCGCAAGGCGCUGGUGCCAGAUAUGGAUAGCGCGCGGGAUACCUCUGGACGCUGGUGCGCAUCUUCAUAAAGUGCGACACUUCGAGACCGACGAGGCCCAAAGACUUCGCUGCCGAAGAGUGGACGUGCGGAGCAAAAAAAACCCGCAAAACUUCAACCGAGAAACUUUUUUUAAAGGUGAAAAGUUUGAGAUAAGCCUCCGAAGUCACUUCUACGACUCCUCACAGGAAGCUUUGAAGAUGCGUCAGGAGGGAGCGUGGAGAUUUCAGAUGCUGCUCGUGGUUUGGUCGACUCUUCUCGUUAGUUUGGGGACCGCGUUUCCAACCAGACACAAACAUGCCGGUCAUAAGGUAAGAUUAAUCGAUUAUUCUGAUUUAUCGAAAGUUUAUCGAGAGGUCUCUAACUUCGGUUGCGCACAGAUACGACGUUUUUAUCAGCUAACAUCGUGGUGCAUCUUUGCUUACUGUUGUGAAAUACCAAAAAACACUAAAAUAGACAAAUAUUCCAUAAGAAAUAAAACAAAAAUGUAAAGUUUUCUUAUGAAAAAAGACAAAAUUCCCAUUCUACUUUUGUACGGAAGCCCAAGGCGGCACUCACCCAUACAUUUAAAUUACUCAAUCUUAAAAAAUAGGUUGAUUUCCAUUCAUAUUUCUUUUAUUUUCACCUGAGAACAACAAAAAGGUUUCGCUAUCAACUUUUCACAGUAACUUAAACUUCUAGAUUUGUUAAAGUCAGCUUCAUUUUCUCUCUGAAAUGAGAAAAAUAGACAAAACCCAAAGAAAACACGAAAUUUAUUGGUCACCAUGGAGACGAUAAGAAGUGGAGAUCCUAAUAAAACAAUGUGGAUUUAGUUACUGUUGGGAAAAUAAAGAAGAUAAAAUGUGUCGGUACAUGUCGGCUUUUUUGAAACAUUGAAAAAAAACAAAUUAUAGUUUUUUUUUUGUCUUAUGUCACAUAAAAUAACUAACUAUUAAAAGCAGUAUUCAUUCAAUAAGUCAAGAUUUUGUCAAAUCUCAUAAUAAUAAGAGAUAACAUGUUUAUCCAGCCUUGUCAUACGAAUUCGGCUUGUUUAAAGUCUUAGUAGCUUUUUUUACAACAAAAAAAAGACGUAAACACUUGCAAAGCUUUAUGUUUUGGCAGGUCAUUGGGUAAAAAUACAUAAAAAUUUAAGACGCCUUUGUUCAUGAAGGGAAAAGAAGUCAACGAAAGGCUGAAAAAGUAACUUAUAUAUAAUAUUAAUGAAAUAUAACAAUAAAAAAAGAUCAUGGAAGUCUUUUGUCGUACUUCCCUCUCCAUGUAUCGUCAGGGUUGCCAUAACUGGGCAUACUCCCUGCUAUAAUAAAUCCAAACUCCUUACACACACACACACACACACACACACCCACAGGCUGUGCAGUGUGUGGUGGGUGUACUCCAGUGUUUGUGUUACGCACAGACAUAUUUGGAUAUCAAAGUCUGUUUGUGUGUGUUUGUGUCAGGGUUCAAGUUUUUGCCUUUGAACUCUCCUUCUUGUGUGGCCUCCCAUGGAUGCCCUGUUGGGACUCUCUCUCUCUCUCGCUCUCUCUGUCUCUCUCUCUCAUCAUGUGUCUGAUUGAUGUCCAAGCAAAGAGAGAGAGAGAGAGAGACAGGGGUGGAAAAAGAAGGAGGGAGAGGAGAGAAAGAAGGGCAUGAUUACUGAGGAGAAGAAAGAAAAAAUCUCACUGCGGCUUGUGUGAUAGUUCGUUUCAUUCACCCCAAAAGGCUGCAGUUGGCGACUCGCUACUUUCGCCUGCGACCUGCUGGAUGCGUGUCCGUAAGUGCUGGAUGGAGGGGAGAGAUUAGCAGAGGAAGAGAGGAAGGAGGAGGAGGAGGAGGAGGAGGGGAAGCUCAGUAAAGCGGGUGCCCAGUAACGAGAUGCUUAUGUAACCAGAAUAAGGCGAGCCCUCGGCAUCUCUCACGCUGGAGAUGGGGGUCAAGUGUCAUUCAUCUGAUUGUUUACACUGGCUUUUUUUGUGUUAAUGUGGAAUUUCCUGUUUUUAGUUUUACCCCCAUCUCGCAGCAGAGAAGAAGAAAGAGGAGGGGGUGUUUGUGUUAAAGUGGCCCUCCUCCAAAUAUCAUGACCUGUUUGCCCUAAAUGUUUUGUACCUCCAACCUCCACAACUUCACCCUGAUUCCACCAGGCAUGCAUUUGUUGUCCCGUUUCCAUUUGCGAAAGGCGGCGAUCAAAGCGCGUCUAUAGUUUAUUGUUCUUCUGUAAUGGUUUGGAAACAGCCAAGUGCAAAGGCCUUUGAUAUCUGCGGGCGCAUAAAUCAGGCGCUGCCACAGCCUGCCUUCCCAGCCUGCCCCCCAGCCCCACCGGAUCCCAUCGCUGCCCCUUACCUCAGCCCCUGCUGCCCCCAUCCAGACUCCCGACCCCCUCUCCCUAACCUGAAUGUGUGUCACCGCCAGCAGUAGCUCUGCCAGUAGUCUAAAUGGAUCCACUUUUUCAGCCUAAUGAAAGGAAGACUCAGUGUGUUGCCAAAAGGUUUGAUUUAAUGUUUCUCUUAGAAGAGAGAGAAGCUCUCCAGACCAGGCUGAGGUCCCCCACUGCAUCCAGAUAGUCUCUCCUGUUAAACACACCGCAUGCCAUCAUCCUCGGAGCCUUUGAUCAGAAGAGCCCCUCUACGGAGAGGAGGAGAGCAGGAUCAGAGAAGAGGGGGAGGAAGAAAGGAGGAGGAGAGUGAUAUACAGGGCGAAGGAAUACAGGAUCCAGAUGUGUAACAGGGCAAGAUGAGGAGGGUGUGAAAGUAUGUGGCCUUUCUCGUGGCUCCGGACCCUCCGUGUCUGUCUGUGUGAGUGUGAUGGGCAUGGAUGAUUUGGAAAGAUUCGACAGUGACGCGUUAUGAUGGAGGAUUUGAUUCUUAAACCAAACAUACUCAGACCUGAGAGAGAAGAGCUGAAGCCGUCGGACUCUCUUACUUGUUAUCCUACCUAUGCUAGGAUAGGUGCUCUGCUAGCUUGGCCUUAUAUAGAAAUCAUCAAUUCACAUUUCUGAUGCACAUCCAGGCAUUUCUUAUCUAUUGUUCAAAUAUGUCGCCAAAUAUAUCAUUAAGCUCAUCUUUGACCGGACAUAAACAAGUUUACAAUGAAUCACUAGAUAGAUUGAUGAUACCUAAUGAUGGAGGAUUAGGGAAAAAAACAAAAGAGACUUCAAGAAAAUUAAGACUUAAAGAUUAAUGUCAUUACUUUACAAGAAUAAGUCAUUACUAACGAGAACGAAGUCAUACUAAAAGCAUUACUUACAAGAAUAACUUCAUAAUAAAAUCAUUUCGGACAAGAAUAAAGUCAUAAUUAAGUAAUUACUUUGAGAGUUAAGUCCUACUAAAGUAAUAAUCUACGAGAAUAAAGUCGUAACAAAAUCAUUACAAGAAUGACCUCGUAAUGAAAUCAUUACUUACGAUAAUAAAGUCGUAAUGAAGUGAUCACUGACAACAAUUAAGUCGUAAUAUAAUCAUUACUUACAAGAAUGAAGUUGUAAUAAAAUCAGUUCUUACGAGAAUAAAGUCGUGAUAAAGUAAGUAAUUAUGAGAAUAAAGUCGUAAGGAAGUAAUUAUGAAAAUAAAGUCGUGAUCAACUAGUUCUACCACUAUAUGUAUGAUAAUGUGGUGCUGACAUACAAAAAGAUGAAGUAUCUUCUUGUUUGAAAAACAUAUAUUGAAGUACUUUUUCACAAAGUGCUCCAAACUGUAAUCUUAAACAACAGGUUAGAAUAUAAGGACUUUAUUCUGACUUUACUCUCGAGGUGAUGACUUUACUACGACUUUAUUCUCGUAAGUAAUGAUUUUAUUACAACUUUAUUCUUGUUAGUAAUGACUUUUUUUCCCCCUUAAUGUGGCCCUAAUACUCCGUCGUAAUACCUGAACUGUAUUGAGGAUAAACUUUUUGUAACCUGUUUAUUUUGACGAUAUCGAAGUUUUGAGUUUUGUAUAAAAAGGCACAAUCAAGUAUGUGGCUGAAAGGUCAGAUAAGGAGGCGCUAAAACCUGCCUCCGCCUCACUCCCGAGCCUCUUGUAGGGCUGACGGUAAAGUAAGAUUAAGUCUGUAUUUCCAACAUAAUGACCUCCACUGUUAGACUCCAAAACUUUGCUUUGAAAGUUCAGUAUAUUGAUAACCUGAAACAAAAACAAGCAACACAACUCUGAUCAAAGUGUGGAUCUUAUGUGUUGGAUCAUUAAACCCUAAAAUCUAAACUUUACGUUCAAGUUUCACAUUUACAUCCACUACUUUGCUGACCUGUUUCUCAGCUUGCUUUUUAUUUCGCAGUCUGUGCUCUACUUUCUCCACGGUUAAUAAAUGAUAUCACGCCUUAUUGAAAAAAACAUGCUACUGUGGUUGUAGCAGUCUGUGUAAUAUCUGCUCACAGUGGAUAUCAUCCAAGAGAAAAUGCUAAAGGGCCUCCAAUAGGUUAUCUACUUGUCACCACCCAUUUACAGAUAUCUGGGGAAGGGGCCAACUUCUCUUCAUCUAUCAUUUAUCAUGCUCGACUGGCUUCUCCUCUAAACAGCCAUAAUGUGUUCACAUGCUUGAAUUUGACCGACCACAUAACUUCUUUAUGGGACAAUCACGGGCAGUCAGUGAAAAGUACGCGCCGUUCUAGAGGCCACGGCUAUAAAUCAUCAACCGUCUGGUCAUUAAUUCAGACGUUUCUUCAGCUCUUUAGCCCUCGAACAGCGACUUUUUUUGCCCUUAGCAGACCGCAAACUAGCUCCAGUCAACUCUCAAGGUGCUGUCCAAUCAUGCUCGGACCAAUUUGGCGUUUUAAGGAUGAUGUAAAGAAACAGAAUAAAAAAGAAAUGGCAACAAAGGGGUCAGUAAAUUUAUUUAUGGUGUCUGCUGUCUGGCGUUAAACGAAUACGCAUCGCAUUUAAGCAGCUUAAAGUUGAUUCUUAGCGACUAGAUUCUUAUUGCGCUACCUAUAUCAACAAUUUCCCACCAUUAUUCACAGACAACGAUGUUUCCCCCUGUUUUUCUCAGUACUGUAAAAUCCAAAAGGUCAAAUUAAGUAGUGGCCGUAGUGGCGGCAGCACAGCAGGUUCAGACACGCUCGCACCAGCCCAGGGGUCCCACGCCUCCCAGGCCCUCUCAUUAAAGCUAAAAGAGGAUCUCUCUGGCACAGGCCCCUCUUUGUCCACGGCCUGGAUGCCAUGACUGUUGUGGGAAAAAAAAAGAAUGAAAUGAACGAAGGCUGGUUGGUCACUUGGCCGGUUAGUUGGAUGCCUCAGGGGCUUUUUGGAAUUGCUGACCAAGCUACAAAGUGCUACAUGGUUUCAAGGUUUCUUCCUGGAAACAGAGCCCUGAUUGUUUUUACUAGUCAUCAGUGAGCCAUUACUGAAAGACGCUUUUUUUGUUGUUGGCUCUACGACCGCCACCUUAUACACAUAUAUCAGUUUUUAGAGUUGGUUCCUGCAGAAAAUCGUCAUUAAUGCAAAAAAUCAGGAGAACUUCACUUCCUGAAUUUCUCAUUAUUCAUUUUUAAACUUGUUUUGAUAAUGAUUUCAGUAUUGGCAAUGGUAUUGGUAAUGUUGCCAACUGCUUGCUUCUCUAGUUAAACCAACUUUAGUAACAACCUCAGGAUAGCAAUACACAGCGGUCUGAGGAGCCAUAAACAAACAUCAACCAAAACGCCACUCCAUCGCCACAAAUAAUGCUCAGAACAGCACCUAACUUCAUCUAACAGUACAUACAGGGUCCCAGCCAUAGUACUAGCCAUCAAACAUCUUUUUAACUUUGACUAAUUUCUUUAGCAAAGAGACUAAACACAACUCAGCUACUGUCUUCCAGCAGCCGCUUGUUUGUUGCAAGACCUCGGGCCAGUCCAUUACAGACUGCUGUGGGGUGACACAGCUCAAGGAAGAACAUUAAUGAUCAUUACCUUAUCAUUUCCUUGAAGUAAUAAUCACCAUAUUGUUUAAUUUGCACUUCAGACGCUGUAGUUCUUCUGUCUUAGCGUCUCCGUCUGAUUGCAUUUCCAUGAAGAAAUGAUCAUAAAUGUUCUUCCUUGAGCUGCGAAACUCCGCUGUAGUCUAUAAUGGACUGGUCCGAGGUCUCGCUACAAACAAGCAGCUGCUGGAAGAGAGUAGGUGAGUUGUGUUUAGUCUCUUUGCUAAAGAAAUUAGUCAAAGUUAAAAAGAUGUUUGGUGUCUAGUACUAUGUCUGUGACCCUAUAUGUCCUGUUGAUGAAGUUAGGUGCUGUUCUGAGCAUUAUUUGUGGCUAUAGAGUGGAGUUUUGGUUGAUGUUUGUUUAUGGCUCCUCAGACCGCUGUGUAUUGCUAUCCUGCGGUCGUUACUAAAGUUGGUUAAACUAGGGAAGCAAGCGUUCGGCAACAUUAAUCUCUCGAGGGGGUGCCUAACUCAGUGUUGCGGUGUAUUUGACCCUAAAUUAAUUUUACACCGGAAUUUCCCUUUAAUGGACAUGCUUCACUCGAGACCCCAAAAUUACUUGUACCUCUUACAGUCCAAUACGAUAUCUGAUAUUGGUCCAAUACCAGCCAAAAUACAAAUAUUGGAUUAUAUCAGCCUGCAUCUAAAAUCUCUGAUAUCAGCACUCCGAUACAAGCAGUCCAGUCCAGACUCGCGCUUCGAGCUAGAAGCACCCGGAUCCAGCAUGCAGAGCCCACGUGAUCACAACAACAGUGUGUACUGAGGUACUAACAAAGUAGCAAGGAGUAGGAGUGAUGUCGGUAUCGGCCGAUACUGAAGGCUACAAUAUCGGUAUGGUAUCGGGACACCCCUAACCUCUUAACUUGUCUCUACAGGCUCAUGGCCACCAGAUCCACAACGGUGGGGUCCAGAAUGUCGCUGAAACUUUGGAGCAGCAGAACCAGGUCCAGAGUCUCUUGCCUGACCCCCACAGCCAUCAGAGGAGGUGGUCCCAUCCCCAGCAUCGCUCAGUCGGCGUUCUUCCACAGCCGGAGCCCGAGGAGGAGACCAAACCUUUCAUCCUGGAUCUCAAGAACUUUCCAGACCUAGCCAACGCUGAUAUCAACUCACAGAACCCAAACAUACAGGUGAGUUUGGAGAUGAAAUCAUGUUGAGAUGUCGAGCUGUGACGUGGAGUUGGACCAGAAUAAGAGUUAACGUUUGAUUGAAGCUCUAAUCGCUCUUACAUGAGUCUGUUGAGUUUUCUGUGUCCAAACAGUAACUUAAGAAGGCAAAUUAUGCGUUAAAUUAAAACCGUUCGUGUAAUGAGAGCCGGGGAAUUUUCUCUUUCAUUUGGAGAAAUGAUUUAUUCCCCUUAAUGUUGAACAAAAUCAACAGUCUCCCCGUCUAAUCUUAGAGGCCCGGCUGUGUGUUUUCAUGCUACUAUUUAAUUAAAGUGUAAUAAAGAAAAACAGACUCUGUAAUCAUAAGUGUUAGCCAUUAAGUCCCCAUCAUCUCCGUCUAAAUCGGACCAAAACAUCAAAAAGUUGUUCUGUUGAACUUAUCUCAUGGCAGUUCUGCUCUCCAGCUCUGGUCAGUGCAAUCAGGAUGUGGUUAGAGGGACAUAAUGAUGAUGUGGACAUUAAGUACAGAGACCGGUGACAUUUCUGAUGAGUUUUCAUGUAGCGCGUGGACCAGAUGUACCUUAAUCCAGUUCAAAGACUUUACCCUGGCGUGUCCAAGCAAGACAAACGGGAGCGUCUCAUCAUAAACUUUAAUUCGUUUAAUGACCGCCACGAAAAAGAGCGGUUUCCUUUCGCCUUGUUGUCGAAUCAGCUGAAGCGAGAGCUCAGAAGUAUCUCAGAUGAGUCAUAUUGAGGUAAUGAGAGGUACUUAUCCCGAGUAGAUGCUCAUAUUCUUCCCCUGAGAGGAUCGUUUACUUGUCUGAACGCUCAUGCUUACUUCUGGAUGACUGACUUACAUCCGCUGAGCUGUUCCGCCUUCCUUCACAUUUGUGAUAGUCAAUUUCCUGAGGAGAAAGUCUUGUGUAUGGAUGUUUCAGGAGCGCUUUGUUUUGUUUGGCGAGACGAGGAGAACGCAGUCGAGACUAAGAUCGCCUCUUUCCCUACUCAGGUCACGAUCGAGGUGGUAGACGACCCCCAGAUGGAGGUCGAAAUGGAUCUGGCCAAUGAAAAAGAGUGGCUGCCCUCCUCGUCCUCCUCCCCCUCCUCCACGGUCGAUUGGCUCGGUGGCAAGAAGCUGUUCUGGCCCCUUUUCUGGAGUUACACCGACUCCAGUGAAGACAGCAACAGCCGGUCAGGCGCAGAAGAAACAGGCGAGGAAGAGGAGGAGGAAGACUACUCUCUGGAUUAUGGCAGCGAGGAGCCUUUACCUAGCGGAGUGGGCGGGGACUGGGAUACACGCUGGAACGAAGGCUGGGAUCCGGUGCAGAGCUACUAUGGUAAGAACUGCCAAGUGUUACAGUCGCCGUUUGCCCGUACACGCACAUGUUUAUUCGAAUUUAACCAAGAUAUGGGUUUUACCAAAAGCACCAAUGAGGAAAUACGAUCCUGAUCUCACAGCGAUAAAAAUAAUGAGAAAGUCUGAAGUGAGAGAGAACAACAGAGCGGCUUUGGCUGCAUGGUCGCCGCCACAGUCAGAGAGAGCCGCGCCAGCAUGCAAGGCAGCAUGAGCACUCGACCAUCGGGACAUUGCGGGUUGUGCGCGCUUUGAAGCCGACACUGGUCGUGCUGGUCGCAGAGGCCUGCCUUUUGAAGAUGGGUCCGAUGCGCUCGCUAAUGGCAGCGUGAGGCCGGCACUGUUCCCUGGGACAAAACAUCCCUCUGCUUGUGGACAAUUAGAGGGCAGAUUGGGAACACAGAAUGACAGGGGCCAUUCGGCCGACCCUUUUAUCCUUCCCCAGGACCCCACGGGCCCCCCCCAGACCCUGGCGGCCCUCGCUGCCCUUUGCGGUUCGGCCUUUUUGAGCCAGUUCAAGAAUUUCAGGGGGCUUUCAGGGCUCUGCAUAACUUUUACAGUCCUUUCCCCCCCCCCUCUUGAAUUUGCCCUCCUCCAGUGGGAAAAAUGUUGUGUCUCAUCUCGCACAGACCGCUAGUUGAAGAAAUAGUAAAUACAUAGAGAAAGAGAGGUGAAGAUAAUGAAUGAAAGAGAGUGAAGAUGAAAAAAGAGAGGGAAUGAAAAAGAAAGUUUGAAGGGUUUGGCAGUCAGCGGUUAGGUUAGUGUGUGUGAGGCCUACUGUAGAUCAGAGCGCUGUCAUGGGUUUACCACAAACUCGAGCUUUCAUUCUUCACAGACGUUCCUCAAAGACACUAAUCUGCGCAUGAUUGAUCUAUUUGUUUUCCUAAGGUUUUUGAGGGCUGCUGAUGUGUGAUCAUAAAAUGUGCAAACAGGUGGCUCGGCAAGUUUAAACUCUUAAACCUUUACGCUAAUAUAUACGUCUUCUAUCUGUUUAACUGCUGCGCGUAGAGCCGGCAAAGAGCAACAAUGCCUAUAAAGUGGUCACAUCUAAAGACUCGCUCAACAUAAAUCAAGGAUGUCUGCUCUUAGCUCUUUCUGUAAUUACGACUCUCCUGAGACUUUAUUCCCGUAUGGCCACAUGGCGAGUUGGCAGCGCCCACAAAGUCAAAUUGGGUCCUCGCUACACCCAAGCUGGUAUUUCUGCACCCACCUCGCCUUUAAUCAAGAAGGACUUGUUUUCGGUGUUAUUAACACCACAAGGAAGCAUGGUGCACAGGCGGACAGCCACAGCACAGCUUCGCUCUUUAAUUUAAAGUCGUCCUAAAAAGAAUAUGGGUUUGCAUGGGAAAGGUCCGACCAGGAGAAAAUUGUCAUUUAUAUGAACUGAGUCUACCCAGAAAUGUAACUGUUGAAGUACCAGCCGAGUGCAGCACCGAACUGUACGGUGAAGACUGACUUUCUGUUGUUGGUUUUUACUUUGUGGUUAGAAUUAAACAUCUGAAACAGCCGAACUUUAGCUGUUAAAGUCAUUUAAUUAAAUAUUUUCUUUGUUGAACUUUUCUGCGGAUCUUGAUCUGAGUUUUUUAUAUAUUGAUAUAAAUCAUGUGGUUGUAAUCCGGUGUGAUACUAACCACUCUUGAACCGUGUUUCCGUUCGACAGAGAAAGACUCUGAUGAGUGGACGCCCUGGUCUCCUUGUUCGGUGACAUGUGGUCACGGUGAAAGGAAAAGGACCAAGUCCUGCGGAUACUCCUGCACUCUGACAGAGGCCUCCAAGUGCGACUUAGAGCCGUGUCCUGGUACGAUUAUACUGCAUAUUCUUAUUGAGAAUUAUUGAGGCUCAUUUUCAUAUUUACUCUGUUUCCAGCUGAUGCUCAGAUGAUGUUACACUCUCUCUUCUUAACAGGUGAAGUCAACACUGUGGCCGAGCCUUUUCCUUUCGAGAUGGAGAAUGGCACAGAGCCGUUUGGAACAGGUGUGUUUUUUUUGCUUGAGAAGUUUAACACGGCUAAUUUUAUGACACGCAUUUACUGUCAGUAAUUAAUUAUGUGUAAUUAUACAGACAAACAAAGGCUGACACACUCUGUAGUCUUUGGUUUAUGAUAAAAUCCCCACAGUCGAUAGAUCUAUCCUUCUGAUUUCAGAUUUGUCUGUGCUACAGCGUCUCAAAGUCUAACAUGAUAUCACCGUCCUCUCUCUCUUAGAUGUGGACAGCUGUGAAAAGUGGCUCAACUGCAAGAGCGAUUUCCUGCAGAGGUACCUCCACCAGGUCUUGUCCGAGCUCCCCAGCUGUCCCUGCUCCUACCCCUCCGAGGUGGCGUACACCGUGGUCAGCAUUUACGAUGAGACUCAUGGCCGGCAGUUCCGCUGGCGAGACGCCAGUGGCCCCAAGGAGCGCCUGGACAUCUACAAGCCGUCGGCGCGUAGCUGCAUACGAUCGACACUGUCCAGUGACUCAUCCACUCUGGCGGCGCAGCACUGUUGUUACGGUGUCGGCGGGCGGCUGAUCACUCGAGGGAAAGGCGCGGGCACGCCGAACCUGAUCAGCACGGAGUUCUCACCCGAGCUGCACUUCAAAGUGGACGUGCUGCCUUGGAUCCUGUGCAAAGGAGACUGGAGUCGCUUCCAUGCGGUGCGGCCACCCAAUAACGGACUGAGCUGCCCAGAAAACCCCCACGAAGACGUGUUCAUGAACGAACUUGAAGAAGCCAGGGAGUACUGAGGCGCUACAGCCAAAACUAUCACUUCACUCCGAGAAUUGAGCAGGUACUGCCCACCUUCAAAGUCUUGAAACGCAACAUCCACUCCAUACUUCACGCAAUGACUCAGAGGAAAUGCUAACUUGAGACUGGGAGAUUUGAAGGCUUUAUCGCUGAUGGUGAAGUGUGGCUGCCCUAAGUUGGGAUUUGGCACGGUGUCCUGAUAUCAGGCCUGACCGAACUGAACCGUAUUGCAGGAAUGGAAGAAAAAAAAAAAUGCAGUGUUUUCCCAUCGCUUGCCAACCUGUUCCACAUCUGGCAUGACAUCGAGCUCUCUCUUUCAUAUUCGGUUCGCUCUCCUGGGUGCGUGUAAGCAUGAUGUCUACCUGCUGGCUUUCCUCAUGGUUGUCCUGGAGUGCUUGUGAUUGACAAUAACAAAACAUGUGGUAAACAUCCUGAUUGCGUUUUUUUUUUUUUUUAGGUUUUACAUUUGUUUGAACGUGGGUUGGAUAUAUUGAUGAACAAACACACGCAUGGGAAGAGUCCAACAGAUAAAUAUCCCAACUAUGCUGCUACAAUAAAACUCCUUCAGGUUUUUCGAAAGGUUUUAAGACAACAGGACGGAAAUAAACCCAAAAGAUGCCACAUGCAGUAUUUGUAACGGACAUUUUCAGUCGAUAGGUUUAGAAAACACUAGAAUUAUUCGAGACGUAAACCAGAAAAAAGCUGCUGAUGUUUUUAAGCUUAUUAAACGAGUACUAAGAGAAAAGCCCUAAAGCUGUAGCGUUACAGAAACAUCAUAUUUGACUUUAUCACAUAUUUGGUGUCGUGUAUUUCCUCACAUUUCCAGGAAAAUGUUUUAUCUGGGUGCCAAAGAGUUAAAAUUUCAGACUGUUGGUGCCUCUGUAAAUCCAAACUCCUUCGUCUCUACAGUGAGUAGAUCGUGCUCGUACAUGUGUCUCUACAAUGUUCUCAGGGGGGCUAACUUUUUCCACGAUAAACACACUCGUUCAUUUACCUCUACGGCAGAGCACUAUUGGAAGUAGAAAAACAACGUUAUCGGGGUUAAAGCGAAGAUUACAGAGAACUGAAUGUGUAAUCCAGAUUGAAAUAAACGAACAGAUGAUGCUUUCAGAGAGCAGUCUGAACCCUUAAAAAAGAAUAGUUGUGGCUGAUUGUUGCAGAAAGAUGUCAUUGCUGUUUAAGCUUUUGGCUUAGGGUCUUUGGGUUUAUGUACAGAACUAGAUUGAAUAGAAAGCCGAACGUGGGGGUUGAACGAGUGAUUCGUCUCAAAUUUGAUCAGAAAGACCCUUAAAUUCCAGGGGUCGCCCUUUCUAUCCAGUCUAGUUCUAUGUUUGCUCCAAACCUUUUUCAGGAAUUCUGCUUCCAGAUGUGAACGCGAACAAGCCUUUACAUUUUGGAAUCACCAAUUUUUAAGGACGGCACUUUAUUUAAGGAAUAUAUAAAUAUAUAUAAAUAUACAAAAGAUAUAUAAAAAAAUGUAUUCAUGUUUGCCAAUCGUUGAAGGGAAACUCGUUAGAAAUGCUGCAAGUGCUUAUAUCAAGUGUUCUGUGGAGGAAGCAUGAUCUUGUGAUUUCUGAAUCUAGUAUUACAUAUAUGGUGUUGUACAGUAUUUAUUUGUCUGUUCUCUUUUUUUAAAGUUUGCUGAAGCUUUGAAAUGUCUAUACUCAACAUGGUGCACUAAUGGGACUGAAAAAAACAAUGAAGGCAUCCGUUAUUCGAAAGGGAAACCACUCGCCUCAUAUCACUUCGAACAGCUGCAUCAAGUGUGUGUUUUAUUCGACUUUGUACUGCAGUGCUUGAUGAAUAUGUUGUUGCAAUUAUUCUGAAGAAAUAUAUAAAGACCUUGCAUUCAUCAUUU